AGAGAAUCUCAUAAAGGUCUUACGAAGAUCCGUGUAUAUCCAGCCCGUCGCAGCCGAAAAGCCACCUGUCAGCGAAUUGUGGCUCACUGGAGUCAAUUGGCGCUCGAGGCGUGGGGUUACGUCCCAUACACUGAGCGGCAGCCCAUCAUCGUGGUAUCGAUCGUGGGAGCAAGCUUGUCAGUGAGCCUAAUGCCAAAGGCAUUCAAGUUCAAUAGCGGUUGCUGUCAUCCACCUGGGCUGGUGGUGCGCAAUAGCAGUGCCGGGCGGAUCGGAGGAGGCGGGUGCAGCCGGCUUGACUCAAGGGUGUCCUGCCUAGGUGUGCCUUGACGCGAUGGCCGCAGGGCCACCGCACAUAAGCGGAGCGGCGAUGUUCACACGUGUGGAACCGCCCACCACCUCUCGCCACCAUGCUUUCCCUUCUGCUGCUGGCGGCAGGCGCACUCGCCGCAGAUCCUUACUUUCUCUUGCUCGAUCUGUCGGCCCUCAGCCCGCUGCUGCGCUACUCUCCACUUCCGGGGCAGAACACGACCGCCGACCAGUGGACCGCGAUCGAGAACAUAACGGAUGGGACAGGCUCGUCGGACAUGCCGAUGCGGCUAUUCGGCGGCGCAUCCGUCUCCUUCUCCAUGCCCGCUGGCGUCAGCGUGUGGGUGUACGGCGACCUCUCCGGCGAGGCGGCCGUCACGGUCGAUGGCGAGCCGGCUGACGCGAGCAUCGUCCAGACGCAGAAUAUAUACGUGCGCUGGCUCACCCUAGAAGUCCCGGGGGGGGUGGGGCCGCACAAUGUCUCGGUGACGGUGAAGGGGAACGCGAGCGUGUCCGCGAUCUCCGGUCAUCGACAAGGCAACGGCGAGAUCUGCUUGAGCUCAACCGGGCCGCACGAUCGCUGCUUCGAAGGCCACUUUGAGGGCUGGGGCUCCUACAAACCGAUAACGGCGACGCUCACGGGAUCCUGGCUGAUCACGGACAGCAAAAUCGCAGUGACGCGUGACCCCGGCGCGAGCGCGCUCAUGCAGGUGCCGUCUAACGCGAGCUGGGUCGAGAUUGAGGGGUGGAACUCUGGUUCCUACGAAGUGCGGUGCAUGCCCACGCCGCCCAACUCGACAGCCGGCGCGAUCACGUACAACGGAUACGUGGAUAUGUCGGGCAGAUGGAAACCGGACCUGUUGUAUGCUGCCGAGCUCGACCCUCACAUCAAGUACGCAGUCGAGAUUACCCACCGCUCCAACACAACUGCCGUGAGGCAAAUGCAAAGUUGGGUGUACGUCCCCAAGCCCAAGUCCAAUUUGAGCCUCGGCAUUGGAAUUGGAGUGGGCGUCGGUAUGGGUGUGCUGCUCGCAAUGGCGCUGGUGUACUGGUGUAGGCAGAGGCAGAGGCGGAAGCAGCGGGCAAACACGCAUGUCGCAGCAGCUGCGGCCGGAGACACAGAAUUUCCGAAGGCAGAAGAACAGACGGUCACAGAACUUUGCAAAGUGUGUAGAGAUCGGCAGCCCGCGUUCGCCGUGGUUGAGUGUGGUCACCUGUGCAUGUGCUCUCGAUGCGCGCGGCGCAUCAUGGCGGAACGUGCCCGCUGUCCGGCAUGCAACGUCGCAAUCGUGCAGCAGCCCGUGCGCAUCUAUCGUCCUUAGCACUGUAUCCUACAUAAUGAUGUAAUUUGCUUGGCAUGGAGACACAGCAAUUAAACUGCCGACGGGUUGGUGGAAGGACGCGUUUGAACGUGCUCUCAGACUAAAACGAAAGCGUGCUGGUAAGUCAUCAAGGCUGCGUCAGUAGAUCUGGACUGAAUCAGUGGAGGGUUGAAGAGACGUGUCGGCCAACCAGUUGAGCAUUUGUGUUGGGUUCACCGAUGUUGGCAGGGGUCGGAGACCGGAGGGCGCAUGGUCCGAGUAAGUGGUGAUGAAAAGGGAAAUAGCGGCGG